AUGUCACCGAGCCCACUUAUCGCUCUAAUAUCCUCAACAUGUAGUCAGAAGCAUGCCACGAACCGUGGCUUCAAAUCAUUAGCACAUCUCAUCUAUCCAUUCACAACACACGAGUGCAGUCUCAGGGAACCAGUGGAGAAUUCGAAAGUAUCACAUAAAAUUCAGUUGGACAUUCGAGAUAUCGGAAGUGAUGGGCAUUUACUGACACUUUCAGUCCUUCCUUAUGUUCUCAUACAGGCUCUCAAAAACUGUACAGACGUCACGCAGUCCAUCAAACUGUUUCGCGAUGUGUUAUCGAGAUGGGCGGAGCCAUCGGAGCACGAAUCCUUCGGCCAUUACCUCGCAUGUAUAUUUGUUGUAUCCACACAAGACGAGAAUCCAAUGGGAGAAUUGAGCAAAAUGAUUCAAACUCAGCAGACAUUAUAUAAUAGCACCUCUACACUAAUGAUACCAGGUCAUUGCUCUGCACCGAAAUGGUCGGCGCCGCAUGCCAAAACGCCACGUCACUAUAUUCUCCUUCACGAUUCACGAUGCCCGCGAGGAAGCAGCGAACGACGGGAUGAGGUUUUGAAGCAGAUGUGUGCCACAUAUGGCAAUGAUAAUUGUCAGGUUCUGCAGUUAGAUUCAGAUAGUGUAUCCCCUGAUAUGAAUGGAGUGUGGAAUGAAAUCGAUGAAUUCAAUGAUAUCCUAGAGAAAGGCCUAGAAGAGGCACACAAACAUUCCAGUGACUCCAUUCCAAACACUCCGGGUAUCAAGAACACUCCUCUGAAUUCUCCAACGUCUCUCGUCUCCACUAUUUCCUCUUCAAUGUCGGUUGGAUCCGUUUCACCAAAUAGUCAAGCAGCUAUUCAAAGCAACCCGAUUAUUUGGAAGUCUAGUUCAAAAAUCGUAUCUUCUCAAGACGCUCAAAACGUUCAAAAAGUGUUAUCCAGAUUUUUGAGCAACUGUCUAGCUCCAUAUGUCGAACAGGAGAUUCGUACGCUUUAUGAGAAUGCAGGACAGAAAAAGUCAAUAUCAAAAUCGGUUGCAUCAGUGACAAUGGGAUUUAGUAAAUGGCUGCGGACAGGAAGCUCGUCGAAUAAUCUAGCAACACCAAUCACUUAUUCGUGGGAGAGUCUGGAGAUGCAGAAAAGGAGAUUAGCCGAUCUUUUCAUGAUGUUCGGUCUUCCUGGAGCCGCCUAUGAUCAGUAUCAUCCACUGAAGAAAGAUUUAGAAGCAGACAAAGCGAUGGCAGCACACGCGAUGGCUCUGGAAAUGUGUGCAUUGGCUUUGCAUAGUGCUCAGCCUCACUUGAAUGCGAAACAAUUUCCAAUUCGAUAUCUGGAUCCGCCAGUCAAGUUGCUCGUUGAACAUGCAAAAAAGUACCCAUCCGUCCUUCGAUGUGCUUUCCAUAUGGCCGAGAUUUAUGCGGAUCUCGGACUGCACAAGGAAGCAGCAGCCACACUAUCCCAACUCAGUGCACUAGAUGCUGAUCAUUUGGUUGCGGUGGCACAGACACUGGCAGCUGAGCAAUACGAGAAAUCUGGAAUGUUGAGGAAAGCGUCGUUUCAUCGAGUACUAGCCGCUAAUCGAUUCUCGAAUGCUGGAAUUCCCGCGUUGUCUUUUGAUUGCUAUCGUCUUGCUCUUCCCGCAUUCGAUCAAAAGCAUUGGGGAGUUCUUGACGAGCAUCUUGCAGUCCGACUUCUGCAAGAAGGCGAGAAGGCUAAUGUGAUGACACAGGAAAUCGCUUCAGAAUGCAUCCGACGUCUAGUAUCAGUGUGUCCGAAGCUCCCACCAUCUCAACAAUCGGAUCGUCUGAAAGUCCUGGUACACGCUUUAACGACAUAUUUCCCACAAAGAACGGAUUUACCAUUGAAUAUUCCAAAAGUUGAGAUGGAAACAAUAAAAGUGAUUUAUGGAGAGCGUCCACUAUGGAAUGAUAUCGAUGAGAAUGAGCAUCAAAGUGUUACACCUGAUGGAUGGAUUACUGUAGAACGUGCUGCUCAUCAUGCACUUUAUGGUGCCAGUGCUCCGUUUCGUGGAAUGCAAAUGGUCUCCGAUGAGCACUCGGAUAAUCAAAAAGUUCGAGAUACACCAGCCAACGAACGUUUCCGAGUGAUGGUUGAUCUAACAAACCCACUAAAAAUUCCAAUUGACCUACAUAAUGUAAGGCUGUCAGUUUUAGAUUCCCAGUUUCAAGAUGCUGGUGUGCUGGUCCCCGAACUCGGUACCCUACCUCAUCUACACUUGGAACCUGAGGAAACCAAAACAAUCGAGUUGUAUGUGUUCCCUAGAAGUGGAUGUUUGAAAUUUCGAGUGGAUGGAUUGAUGUUUCAAUUGACUGUGGAUGAUAAAACAGUAGAAACAAGAGUAGUGUUGGAAUGUCGAGGGAAGAGACUGAAUAAGACAGCCAAGCAGCAAAAAUCAAAAGUCUACACAAGCGACGAGCGUCUCUCUGCGUCAGUGGCUCAGAAGCCAUGGCCUCUCAUCGAAUUCCGUGCUCUAAAGGCACCGCACAAAUGGUCGUAUUGUGAUCAAGCGCAACGGUAUCAGUUGGAAAUUGAGAAUAUUGGACAGGAAGAUGUGAUGACUAUGUGCUUGGCAACGAAUGCAUUCGAUCGAGUGGCUGCUGGAAAUCUGGGAGAAGAUAGUGACAAAAUGGAGGAGUUGAAAUUGGAGUUAGCUGCUAAUAAUUCAAAAGUUGCCACGUUUCAAUUCAAAUCUCCUGCUCCUGAAGAACCAUACUUGAAUAUCGGGCAGAAGAAACGGAUCUUCUUUGACAUUCGCAGCUGUGACGAGCCUUCCGGGUCAGUAGUGACUCCACAAUCUACAGUAAUCCUCAUUGCGUAUCGUAGUGCUUCUGGAACGAUGCGUCAGUGGAGACGUGUAAUCGAUGGAGAACGUAGACGUUUGAUUCAGUUGACUUCCGAAAUUCUCGACGCCGAUUCUGGAUGUUUUGCGAUUCACCUCAAAAAUUGUGUAGUUUCUAGUCAAGCCGCAUUGUCGAGAGUGGAAAUUCUGAGGAUUCGAACUACAAAAAAUGAGAUUUCCUCUGCAAAAUCCGCAGAAGCGGAGGUUCCUAAAUCAAUCCAACUAGCGUCGGUCUCACGAAAAGUAGAGGUUGAAUCCGAACAGACAGAUACCAUAGUCGCUCGUCUUGUUCCCAGUCCUUCUCCAUCUGAACAAGUUUGGUUGUCAGGCACAACCAAUCAGAUGGCGCCUAAAUGGCCGUGUCCAGCUGAAAUCGUUUCCAAUAUGGAUGAUGAUUCAUUGAUUCGUGUGCCAGAAAAGAUUGGAGUGCUUUGGAAAGCGAAUAUUGUCAAUAAUGAGGGAAUGGUAACUUCCUUCAUCGGCGAAUCAUUUCUCGAUGACCCAUUCGCACGGAAAGCUGCCGAAGCGUCAGCUGAUAAUUUAGGAGCCCUUCAAAUCACAUGCGAAACCAGUGCCAAAGACAUCUCUCACAACUUCAUCGAAUCGCGAGUCUGCCAAAUUCCCAUCACGAUUCGCAUCCAGAACAAGCAUCCUGAUCGUCGCGCCGUCAAUGUCACUAUCAAGAAUUCGCCUAAAGUCCGAGAAGCCGUCGACGGUGUUCAUCUCGUUGCUCCAGAAUGUCGUCAGCAGAUGUGGUUAGAUCGCCCGAUACGGAAGUGCCAUGUGCAACCGGGUGCCGUUGCUGUUGUGGAACUGAAUUGGAAAAUCACACAUGCAGCGGUUUAUGACAUAGGAGGACCGAAUUUGAGUGUUGAAGCCAUUUUUGAGAACGACAGUCAGGAAGCUGUGGUUUUUAAGGUUCCGAGUGUGCUGUCGGUCGUCAAAUCGUCACCAUACACAGUUGUCUGA